CUCAAACAAGCGGCUUAUCGCAUCCACUCGAAUAGAGAAGCUGAAGUAGUGUGUACGGAACAGCAUUUCUGUGUGCUUGGAGCCUCACUUCGUCAUGCCUAGCGACAGAACGAUGUUUCCACAGUUCCUGUUUCUGACGUGCAUGCUCUUUCUUCCUGGGACUUCGUUCACGGCUGCAAAUCACCAUUCUUCCCAGAACUACACAUUUAAGGGCCUGGAGAAAAGUGAACAAGCCCUUCCAUGGCCACUCCCGCAAAAAAUGGUUAACGAUCCCACCAUCAUGGUGCUGGACCCGAAAGACUUCGAGUUCGUCCUCACAGCACACAAUUGCACCGUUGUGCAGAAUGCCGUGGAACGCUACAAGAAACGAAUGUUCCUGCAGGGGUGUGCUGGGAAGGGAGUGAACCGACCACGAAGAAAUGCUCCUCAGCAUGACUUGGAUCCGGCGCGGCGUUUGAAGCAAGUAGAGAUACAGAUCAUCGGUGGUUGCGAAUAUACGCCAUAUCAAGAGAUGAGCGAACUGUACACGAUCAAGGUGAACACCAUCGAUAUUCCUGGUCGUGCGUGCAUCGUGAGUACAAACGAAUGGGGAGCCCUUCAUGCCCUGGAGACACUUAGCCAGAUGGUCACUCCAUAUGGUCCCAAUUUGUUCUACGUGAACAGCACCAUGAUAAUGGACUACCCAAGGUUCCCGUACCGCGGAUUCCUGCUGGAUACAUCCAGACACUUCCUACCUUUGGAUUAUAUCGAAAAGACACUGGACUUGAUGGCCAUGAACAAGAUGAACGUCUUCCACUGGCACAUAGUCGAUGAUCCAUCCUUCCCUUACGAGAGUGUUCGUUUUCCAGAACUUUCGAAAAAGGGCGCCUUUGAUAAGAAUCACGUGUACACCCAAAAAGACGUCGCCGCUGUUAUCGAUUACGCAAGGUUAAGAGGAAUCCGGGUUGUCGUGGAAUUCGACACUCCAGGACACACUUUGUCGUGGGGGAAAGGGAUGCCGCACCUCCUCACCCCGUGCUACAAGGAAGGGAAGCCCGACAACACUUUCGGCCCCAUUGAUCCUACAGUAAAUUCUACUUACUCAUUCCUUGGUGACUUCUUCGCCGAGGUAGCUACGGUGUUCCCUGACCAAUAUGUGCACCUUGGCGGAGACGAAGUGGACUUUAACUGCUGGAGGAGCAACCCACACGUCACAGAGUUCAUGAAGCGUACAGGAAUGGGAGACGACUUCAGUAAGCUCGAGGGAUACUAUAUGAGCAGAGUAAUGGACAUUGCACGAAAGCACAACAAGAGUUACAUCAUUUGGCAAGAAGUUGUAGACAAUGGAGCGAAGGUGGCUCCAGACACCGUGGUAAACGUCUGGAAAAACCCUUAUCCUGUAGAGAUGAGCGACAUCACACUGAAGGGAUUCCAAGCCAUCUUGUCAGCUUGCUGGUACCUCAAUGAGAUAUCCUACGGCCAGGACUGGCACGAAUACUACUUCUGUGAGCCGUUCACCCUCCUAACGAAGAAGCAACAAGAACUCGUCCUUGGUGGUGAGGCAUGCAUGUGGGGCGAAUGGGUUGACGCCACAAAUGUCAUCAGUCGGAGCUGGCCCAGAGCGUCAGCUGUGGCAGAAAGGUUGUGGAGCUCUGAGGACACUCGGGACAUACAGAGCGCAACAGAAAGAAUAGAGAGAUUCAGAUGCCUUAUGAUGAAACGCGGUUACAACGUGGAACCUGUAGUCGGACCAGGGUACUGUCCCUGCGACAUAUUCAUAUGAGAUGUCACAACGGUGGGCGGCCUCUCCCGAAGGUGGCUUGGUCAGUCUGCCGCACUAUCAGCAACUGAUUUUUGGUUCAUCAAGCCUGUGGGACGACUGACAUGGAAGUGGCACGGUACAAUGAAGAGGAAGACUUUAUAAAAAUCAACAGUGACUUUCGAAUUACUAUUUCAGUCUGAGUAGAGUUGAACACGUGCAAGAUGCUCCCUAAAAAAAGUACUCUCGUAGUAUCCUUCACACCUCUAGGACCUUAGAGUAACAGCUGUAUACAGACAUUUAGAUUUAGAUAUUCAACUUGGAAGUUACAGUACAACGAACCCCUUCCCAGUAAUUUAAUUGUACCUUUUUUUUCUUCUUCGGAUAAAUCUCACUUUUCACCAGAUGGUCAUUCUAACUAGCAAUGCGCGGACGAGUCCCCGUUUACCUUGUAGCAGCAACGGAGGAUGACGUGUAACUUUGUCGCGAGCUCUGGUGCUGCGUGAUCAUGAGCAUUCAUUCAGAGCCGGCGUGCCGAGUAAAGACGUUCUGCCGCUCAUUCGACUUACAGGUCCUUGCACCAACAACAUAAAUAAACGUGACGUAUGCCUGUUCUACUA